AUGAUCCACAGCGUGUUCCUCAUUAAUCACAUGGGAGACAUAUUCCUGGAGAAACACUGGAAAAGCGUCGUUAAUCGCAGCGUGUGCGAUUACUUCUUCGAAGCCAAGGAGAAAGCGCUAGAACCUGAAAAUGUGCCUCCCAUCCUGCAGACCCCUCAUCAUUACCUCAUUAAUAUAUACAGAGGGAAGCUCUUCUUCCUCGCUGUCAUUCAGACUGAAGUGCCUCCACUGUUCGUCAUUGAAUUCCUGCACAGGGUUGCAGACACACUUCAGGACUACUUUGGGGAAUGCUCUGAAAGUGUGAUCAAAGACAACUUGGUGACAGUGUAUGAGAUCCUUGAAGAGAUGCUUGACAAUGGCUUUCCGCUGGCAACAGAGUCCAACAUCCUCAAAGAAAUGAUCAAGCCUCCCACCAUCCUGCGAUCUGUCGUCAAUACUCUCACGGGUGGGAGCAACGUUGGAGACACACUACCCACGGGUCAGUUGUCCAAUAUCCCCUGGAGGCGCGCUGGUGUUAAAUACACAAACAAUGAAGCUUACUUUGAUGUCAUUGAGGAAAUAGAUGCCAUUUUGGACAAAUCAGGUUCUACAGUGUUUGCAGAGAUUCAAGGUGUGAUUGAAGCCUGCGUCAGGCUCACGGGGAUGCCUGACCUUACUCUGUCCUUUAUGAAUCCCCGUCUCCUGGAUGAUGUCAGCUUUCACCCGUGUGUGCGGUUCAAGCGCUGGGAGUCAGAGCGCGUCCUCUCUUUUAUACCACCUGAUGGCAACUUUACCCUCAUGACGUAUCACGUCAGCUCACAAAAUCUGGUGGCCAUUCCUGUGUACGUGAAGCAGAACAUUAGCUUCAUGGAGACGGGCUCUUGCGGCCGUCUGGACAUCACAAUCGGGCCGAAGCAGACAAUAGGGAAGACGGUGGAGGGCUUGCUGGUCACCAUCCACAUGCCUAAAGCUGUGCUCAGCGCCAACCUUACUGCCACUCAAGGCAACUACACGUACGACCUCACCACCAAGGUGCUUGUUUGGGAUAUCGGGAAGCUUAACCCCCAGAAGCUUCCCAACCUGCGAGGAAGCCUGACUGUGCAGUCGGGUGCGCCGAAACCUGAGGAGAACCCCUCGCUCAACAUCGACAUGAAGAUCCAACAGCUGGCCAUAUCAGGCCUGAAGGUGAAUCGUCUGGACAUGUACGGAGAAAAGUACAAACCCUUUAAAGGUGUCAAAUACCUCACCAAAGCGGGAAAGUUCCAAGUGCGGACCUGA